GUCGGUUAUGGUGAGGCCUUGCAGCUGUGCUGUGGCUUUGAUGCUGUGAAGUUUCAUGUCUUUUUUGACCUAUCUGCUCUCUACUUCCAGAUAUGAGGGGACUAUCCCCCGGCUUCUGUCACAGGUAAGGCAGAACAAAACAGCAGGCAGGCAGGACACAAAGACCACCACAGACAAACCCCACCGACAGACAAGACAGACAGACAGUCUGAUGCCAACUGCCUCCACUGUGAAUCUCACAGGACCACUCCUCCUGCUGUUGCUAUGGGCAACUCACCACGCCAUGGCAACCAACUGGCUGUCGCUGGCACGGUUGGCGCGCUCGCGGCCCGUGUCGGGUUCGGGCCCGUGUGGGCGUUUGCGGGGCCUGUCGCCAGGGCAGGUGGGGGUGUGUCGCGCCAGGGGGGAGGUGAUGGAGUCAGUGCGCAGGGCGGCUGAGAUGGUGAUCGAGGAGUGCCAGCAUCAGUUCCGGAACCGUCGAUGGAACUGUUCCACUACCCCGCGUGGGGUCAAUAUCUUCGGUCGGGUGAUGAAUCAAGGCACGCGAGAGGCAGCCUUCGUCCACGCCCUGGCCUCAGCUGCUCUGGCAGUUGCAGUGACGCGGGGCUGCAGUCGGGGGGAGCUGGAGAGGUGCGGCUGCGACCGGAAAGUCAGAGGGGUGAGCCCGGAGGGCUUCCAGUGGUCAGGGUGUUCAGAUAACCUGUCGUACGGUGUGGCCUUCUCCCAGACAUUUGUGGACGAACCGGAGCGUGCCAAGGGCCUGUCAUCCGGGCGACCGCUCAUGAAUAUCCAUAACAACGAGGCAGGCCGGAAGGCCAUCCUUCAUAACAUGCAGGUGGAGUGUAAGUGUCAUGGCGUGUCGGGCUCCUGCGAGCUCAGAACGUGCUGGAAGGUCAUGCCUCCGUUCCGCCGCGUGGGAGCCGUGUUGAAGGAGCGCUUCGACGGCGCCACCGAGGUACGACUGUCGCGCGUGGGUUCCAGAACGGUGCUGCUGCCCAAGGACCCCCAGGUGAAGCCCCCUGCGGCCCGGGACCUGCUCUACCUGGCCUCCUCACCUGACUUCUGCCGUCUGGACCCUGACAACGGCAUCCCAGGCACAGCCGGCCGCCGCUGCAAUGGCACAUCCCGGCUGGCCCCAGACGGUUGUGAGCUGCUGUGUUGCGGACCCGGCUUCCGCUCGGGCCGGGCCGAGGUGGUGCAGCGCUGCUCCUGCAAGUUCUCCUGGUGCUGCUCGGUCCGCUGCCAGCAGUGCAAGAACACCGUGCUCAUUCACACCUGCAAAGAGUAGCCCACUGUCCCACUUUCGAGAUGGAUCCUCCUUGCCCCCAUGAAUGAAGAAGAACCAGGAAUUGAACACUCUGAAAUUUGCAGCAUCAAACUAAAUCUAAAAGCAUAAAAGUGUGUGUGUGUGUGAGCGUGUGCGUGUGCGUGAGUGCGCAUUAUGGGUGCUGUAUAAUAAGGAACUGAAAGCAUAAUAUCGAUAGAGUCGGUAGAAUGUUCUAGAACAUUAUGUCCAAUUCCUUCCACUGUGAUGUUUUUCAGAAGGUCUAGACAGUCUAGAAUUCUGCUGAGCUGAGCGAACAUUAAAUGUGUACCAGGAAGUCUUUACUCAUUGCAAAACACCCAUAAGUUGCCAGCAGUUAGGAUGGCAGCAAAUGUUCAGUGUGUGGAUUGAUUCAAAAGAUUGUGUAGUAAGACGUGUACAACUCGUAAUUGGUGCAAGUGUAAAAAAAAUACUGAAUCUCUGAGGGGAAAAAUGGUUUGGACUGUUGCCUUAUAAGACACACAUAUGAGACUGUGUACUCUUGUGUCACUUCUUUUUUUUGUUUUUUUUUCUUACUUCCUCUUGACACAAAUGUGCACAUCCCUGUAUAUACUGAAGGUGUAGGCCGGCUGAACCACUGUUGCUCAAACAACAUGACCAAAACUGCUAACCAAAAAACAAAGCAAUACAUAAAUUAAAAAAAAAAACUCUGGUGCUCAUCGCAGAGGUCCAGCACACCCCAGCACAAACAUAUUAAUGUAUACUGACAAAGCUGCUAUGGCUGAGACAUACGUACUAAGAAUAAAAAAGCGAGGGGAUUUUUUGUUGUCCUUGAUGGGCUUCUGUAGAGGGAAUAUUACAUUAUAGGCUAUAGUGUUCAUUAUACAGUAUGCAUUUAGUGUCUGCUUACCGCUCUCUUCUAUUUAUUUGCAUCUGUUGCCUUUUUGUGCAAUUGGCCUUGCUUGAAAUCGCCUGGCUGUCGAGGAGCUGGCUUUAAGCACUGCAUUCUGGACUUGUAAUAUUAGUGACAUUUUGGAACAGUAGAAAAAAAAAGUGUUGAGUGUGUGCACAUAACAAAAAAAAAACAAUUACUAUGGAUGCUGGAUCCAGGUGAAUGACUGAGCAUAUGAAAAACAGUACGACAUGGAUGAAUGGCAUAGUGGCACAGUGAUGUUCAACCCAAGCCCAGAAUUCAUUGUUUAAAGCAAGGAUAGGUAACUGUUUUCAGCAUACCUUGUCCAUAUGUGGCUAAGCACGAUUCUGGGUCUCCCACACAACCACCUGUGUUCUGUGCAGU